AGACAGGAAAAUACUCAAACAUUCUCCAGUGUUUGCUGCAGGCAGUUGACGCAUCAGCUGCGCAGUUGACGGCACCAGUUGGAAAGUAGGCGAUCACCUAGGACCUACUCCCAUUUUUCUUGACACUUGGCUUUUGAGCAGAGGGGCCCCAAGCCAGGAAGAGUAGGAUGGGGGCUGGAGGCAGCGCUGAGGACAAACGCUCCAGAGAGCUGGAGAAGAAGCUGAAGGAGGAUGCCGACAUGGAUGCCAGAACUGUCAAGCUGCUGCUGCUAGGUGCUGGAGAAUCAGGAAAAAGCACUAUCGUCAAACAGAUGAAAAUUAUCCACAAAGAUGGUUACUCACUUGAAGAAUGCUUGGAGUUCAUUGUCAUCAUCUACAGCAACACCCUGCAGUCCAUCAUGGCUAUUGUGAAGGCCAUGAACACACUCAAUAUUGGUUUUGGCCACGCUGAUCAGCAGGAUGAUGCCAGGAAACUCAUGCAUCUUGCAGACACCAUUGAGGAAGGCACCAUGCCUAAAGAGCUGGCAGACAUCAUUUUGCGCCUGUGGAAGGACUCCGGCAUACAGGCCUGCUUUGACAGGGCCUCGGAGUACCAGCUCAACGACUCAGCUGGAUACUACCUGAAUGACUUGGAGCGGCUGGUCCAACCAGGCUACGUGCCCACUGAGCAGGAUGUGCUGCGAUCAAGAGUGAAGACCACUGGUAUCAUCGAGACCCAGUUUUCCUUCAAAGAUCUCCAUUUCAGAAUGUUUGACGUGGGUGGCCAGAGGUCAGAGAGGAAGAAGUGGAUCCAUUGUUUCGAAGGUGUCACCUGUAUCAUCUUCAUUGCAGCUUUGAGCGCCUAUGACAUGGUGCUGGUGGAGGAUGAUGAAGUGAAUCGAAUGCACGAAAGUCUGCAUUUGUUCAACAGUAUCUGCAACCACCGCUACUUCGCUGCCACCUCCAUUGUACUCUUCCUUAACAAGAAAGAUGUGUUCAUUGAGAAGAUCAAGAAGGCUCAUCUCAACAUGUGCUUCCCCGAAUAUGAUGGCCCCAACACUUAUGAGGAUGCUGGUCACUACAUCAAAAUGCAGUUCUUGGACCUGAACUUACGUCGAGACGUCAAAGAAAUCUACUCUCACAUGACCUGUGCCACAGACACAGAGAACGUCAAGUUUGUGUUUGACGCCGUAACUGACAUCAUCAUCAAAGAAAACCUGAAAGAUUGUGGUCUCUUCUAAGAGCCACGCUGAGACACCCAAUGACGGGUGAUGUUGUAGCCCAGUCACAUUCCACAAAUCCCUUCUCACUGAGGACUGAAGAUGAAAACCAUCCCCUCCAACAGCCAUCCUCAAACCAGCGAACGCAAAAAAUAAAAAUGUAAUUUGUUGUGUUCAAAACCAAGUUGUAGCUUUGACCAAAGACUUCAGGUCAACUGAGACCAGAAGAAAGCUCUUAAGUCAGAAAAUCCUGUACAGAUUUCACACGAGUUGAAUUUUAGUCAAGCUAACUUCUCUCUCAAGUCUCUUGACCUCGUCUUUGGGAGGGCUAUGCAAUCUGUAGUUAAGACAUCAAACGCUUCUGUCAGCAUAAAGUGAUUUCUUCUGACAUGUACUAAUGUGAAUAGAUGUCAAGCUUAUGCAUUGUCUCUAUGCUCCAGUAACUGGUCAAUAUACAGCCAAAAAGCAAACAAGAGGGCCUCACCACCUGCAGACGCACUUCAACUUUUGUUAGAGAUUUAAAAAGAACUUGUCGCUAGAAAUGGCUUUUACAUGCAGAAACUCUACAGUACAGUUUGAGACACAAUUCAAACAGGAAACAAAAUGAAUUGUUAGAAAAUGUUACUUUUUGCAGUAGUUGAGGGCCAGUGUAUAUAAUUAAAAUGUUUUCCAGGAAGUGGGGCCGAUACCAUGUGGAUCUUUAACACUGUUGAGUGGUAGAUGUAAUAUAAUUCAAAAUCCUUGUCUAAAAGUUAAGUGAAUCUACAGGCCUUUGAGCCGAUUAUCUUGUACAGUAACCAAUAACUGUAAACCUUUACUAAACCUAUUAAAGCUUCUGUAGAAAACUGAGUAGUUUUCCACUUUUCACAAAUAAAAACCAACAGAGCAAUA